UGUCAAAUUCUCAUCUUUUCAUCAUAUUCUCUUGUUAUAGUUGUUCUGCUUUCAAUAUUCAGCAAUAAAAGUCAUUUCAGUUUCCAGUCACUAUACUUCUCAUUCUUCAAUUUGCUGUCAUUUAGUUCCUCUCUUGCUAUAUGCAUAAACACCAUUUUACACUUGAUCCAUUUUUAAUUUAUCAUUUUGGUAUCAGAGUUGUGGUUGUAGAAGGCUUUGUUUGUGCUAAUCAUUAUGGCAGGAAAAGGUGGUGUUGCUCUCUUGCCAAGAGAAGAGAAACCCGAAGGAAUGACGGAUAAGCAAUUCUUUGAGAAGGACGAGAUGGCCUUGGCAAAUUUGCAGCUGGCGCUGGACGACAAUGUUCUGUUCAAUGUAGAGACAGAGUCAACUGCAAAAGGGCUUUGGGAAAAGCUUAAGAAUAUUUAUGAAGGCAAGUCGCUGGCAAACAAGAUUUUUCUAAGGCGGCAGCUUUACAACUUGAAGAUGAAAGAUGGAGGGGGAGAAUCGUCAGCUAAAGGUAGUCAAGGGCAUUGUGGUUGUGGCAAAGGGUGUACUAGUUGGGAAUUUAUACAGAUUGGUGGGCAGUCUUUUUCUUUGUCAACAAACAGAAGCCAUAAAUUCCUUGACUUGAUUCAUGCUGAUACUUGUCAAGUACCUGCUGUUUCUAUUGGUGGGUGUUCUUACUUUGUGACAUUCAUUGAUGAUUUCUCCCGAAAGGUAUGGAUUUUCAUGCUCAAAAGGAAAUUUGAUGCUUUUGAAAAAUUCAAAAGUGAGCAUGGUAUUAAGAGACAUCUUACAGUACCAGGAACACCACAACAGAAUGGGGUUGCUGAGAGAAUGAACCAGACUCUCAUGGAGCGUGUUAGAUGCAUGAUGAGCACUGCAAAAUUGGGGAAGGAAUUUUGGGCUGAAGCUGUUAACACUGCAUGCUAUCUAAUCAACCGCUCACCCACUGUUUCUCUCAAGAUGAAAACUCUGGAGGAGGUUUGGUCUGGUAAACCUACAAAUUAUUCUUUCCUUCGAAUAUUUGGAUGUGAUGCUUAUGUUUGGGUGCCUAAGGAGAAAAGAACCAAAGUUGACAAAAUUUCAAAAAGAUGUAUUUUUCUUGGCUAUGAGACAGGCAGAACUAAAAAGGAAGAAGCAAGGAAGACUGUUAUUGAGCAAGAAGCUAGUUUUGAUGAUGCUGUACAGGAGGAAAAUAUUCAAAAUGAUCCUCAAUCUGAGUCUGAGCCUGAGUCUGAGCUUUUACAUGAAGGAACUUCAUCUGGUGAUACUGUUUCGCCUCGACCUCGAAGGGCCAUUAGACCUCCAGCGAGGUAUGAUGACUAUGUUACAUCUUUGAAGCCUCAAUCUAAUUAUGUAUGUGCUUAUCUUGCUUUGUUAGAAGAACAUGAGCCAACUUCUUUCAAAGAGGCUUGUGAGCUUAUCAAUUCUGACCAAUGGCGAGGUGCAAUGGAGGAGGAGAUGGAGUCUUUGCACAAGAACAAAACUUGGGAUCUUGUUCAGCUACCAGAAGGUCAAAAGGCAAUUGGAUGUCGCUGGAUAUACAAGUUGAAGAAGGACUCAGAAGGGAAUAUAGAAAGAUACAAAGCCAAACUUGUGAUUAAAGGGUAUGCCCAAAAACCUGGUAUUGAUUUUGAUGAAGUUUUCUCACCAGUUGUUCAUAUGACUACUAUUAGAGUUGUUUUAGCUCUUGCUGCUUCUCUUGAUCUUGAGUUAGAACAACUAGAUGUCAAGAUAGCUUUCUUGCACGAUGACAUGAUUAUUGCAGGAAAUAAUCCCACUUAUGUCUCUACAUUAAAAGCUAAACUUGCUAGGGAAUUCGAUAUGAAGGACUUGGGAGCCGUGAAUCAAAUUCUUGGGAUGAAGAAUGCUAAACCAGUGAGUACCCCCUUUCCUGUUCAUAUUAAGUUGUCUUCAGAAUACUCACCCAGCACUGAAGCAGAGAAGGCAGCAAUGUCUCGAGUACCAUACUCAUCAGCAGUAGGGAGUCUUAUGUUUGCUAUGGUCGGAACUAGGCCGGACAUUGCACAAGCAGUGGGAGCUGUUAGCAAAUACAUGGCAAAUCCUGGUCGUGUUCAUUGGGAUGCAGUGAAGUGGAUCCUUAGAUAUUUAAAGGACACUUCAAGUGUUUCAUUGUGUUAUAGGUCAAUGGAACUCGUUUGUGUUGGUUUUGUUGAUGCAGACUUUGCCGGAGAUAGAGAUAAAAGAAGAUCAACUUCUGGUAAUGUCUUUAUCAUGGCAGGUGGUGCAGUUAGUUGGGAGUCUAAAUUGCAACCGGUUGUAGCCUUAUCAACAACAGAGGUAGAGUAUAUCUCUAUCUCUCAUGCUUGCAAAGAAGCUAUUUGGUUGGAGAGGUUGCUUGCAGAAUUUAAAAUGAAGCAGGACACGUUUUCUAUGCAUUGUGACAGUCAAAGUGCUUUGUUAUUGGCUAAGAAUCCAACUUUUCACUCUUGCACAAAGCAUAUCAAUGUCCGCUAUCAUUUUGUUCGACAAUUAGUUGAAGAUGGGAAGAUACUUCUGCACAAGGUUCACACAAGUUCAAAUCCAGUAGAUAUGUUAACAAAACCAGUGGCCCGUGACAAGUUCAAUUGGUGCAAGUCUUCAAUUGGACUUGAAGAAGUUUGAUUCCUUUUUCAUUUUUCUGUUUGUUUUGUUUCAAGAAACGUGUCUUUAAGUGGGAGAUUGCUGAAGACCAAGUCAAAUAAGACUGUUAGUGGAGUCCUAAUAAAGUGGAGCUGCUGGAGCAUACCAGAUUUUUUAUCUGAUAUGAAGCCACGUUUUUAGUAGAGAGUUACAACAAACUCUGUUAUUUUGCUGUCUAUAAAUAAGGAGAAUGACCAGUU